AUUAUAUUAUAUCCUCACUUCAAUAAUAAUGCCUGGAUUUAUAUUGGAAGAAGGGUUUCCACUUGCUCGAUUCCAAAAUACCAUUGGAUCAACUCAUAUGAAGAAUAAAUUUAUUGUCGACCUCAAUCCUUUAUGUUCCACAUUAUCCACUAAUAACACGAUCGAGCAAUCUGACACUGAAACUGCUACUGACGCUGAUCAAGUGGUUGUCACCAUACAAGGUGAAGGAAUCAAGUUAUACGAUACAACCGCUCAAAAAUGUUUGAAAUCUUGGACAACCCCUCCUGGUAUAAGUUUUGCCCAUCCUGCUAUCUAUUAUCCUGCUACAGGAGACGAAACUUUAAACUACACUUAUGCUUUGGUUGACUCUGGAUCCGAUAUUACACAAAAAGAAGAACGUAAAACUAUUUGGAUGUGGAAAGACGCUCAAAACAAUGAAGAGAUCGCUUCUUCUGCAAAUAGAGUAUCAAAAACAUUCGAACAACGUAUUCAGGCUAUUCAUGUUUCUCCAUCUCUUCGCUUCAAUACUAUCUUUGUCUAUGAGAAUGGAUCUAUUGAUCUAGUCACCAAAGAUCUUGAUCGAUUCACUGCCAAUUACAAGAACGAAAGUAACGAAAAUGUAAUGUGGUCAACUGUAUUCGUUACUACAAGUUCUCAUAUUCGUCCAUGCUGUAUUCCCAACUCUAUGGUACCCGCCAACUCUACCAUUGUUGUCACUAUCUGUCAAGCUGAAGGAUCAGAUAACUAUUCUGUCAAAUUGCAUUACAUCAACGAAGAACGUAGAAGUAUUAAUGUUGCUGCCGAGAUCGAUUUGAACCUCAAGAACAAACCUGUUUCUUUCACUUUGGACUCUACUCUUGGUAUUUUGACAAUUUUAGAAUCUGAUGGUAUGUGGACAGUUUACCAUUUAUCUCUCAAACAUCGUUCUUCCAACAAAAUUGCGGCUUAUCUCGAACAAGGUUUCCAAACACAAUUCAAGCACUAUCAAGUUUAUAACAAAACAGUUGGUAAUGUUGCUUCUAUGGCGGCUUUGGCUGAUAACUUUGUGGUAUUUGUGGCUCCUCGCAUUAAUGAAAAAGGAUCAAAUUCGAUUGAACAUGUCGUUAGUGUUUGGGAUGUGAAAUAUGGUACUCUCCAAGCAGAACAAGUGAUUAAAACUUCGGAAAAGCAAAUCACUUCUGGCGAUUGGAUCUGCAAGGUGGAUGUCUUAAGAAACUCACAUAUCGCUGUUACUAUUUCCUCGAUUCAAUUCAAAACUACUGGCAAUGGUAAAUCUUCCAAACGUGUUGCUGACACAAAAUCUGUAGUGACACUAUGUCCUUAUUACAAUCAACCCAUGUCUCUGAUGGCUGCCAUGAACAAGAUGAAGUCUACUGCUACCUUUUUGGGAAUUGAUAUGCACUCAUUAACAGACAAGACAAAUUUAAAUAUUGGUCUCACACGAAGUGGUCAAAGUGCUGUGUUACGAGGAAUAAAGCCGGGUAAAUACGACAACGAGGUCAUUUUAGAAAAAUGGAACACUCUGAUCGAAGAGAAUCAAAGUUCUGAAACGGCAUUACUGAAAUCAUUGAUGGACGACAAGUUAACAAAGGAAGAAUUCUGCAACAUAUUCAUGAAUCAUGUACAAAUGAAACAAAGAUCAUUAGACAACGAUUUGGUAUCAUCAUCUAAAUAUACAAAAGAAAACCUUGAAGCAGAUCAAAAACUUUGUUGGAGAACCUACUUUAGUAAUAAACGAAAUGAAGAACGAAGGACUUUGUCAAGUGAACUUUUAUCGGUUGUAGUGGGUCGUAUUUUUGCAACAAAGAAUGGAAAGCCAGAUUUGACUUUCUGGUCACCUUGUAUUCUCGUAUAUUUAAUGGCCAUGAAACAACUUCGUAGUGGAUUUAUCAAUGGUGGUUUAAUGCGUGGAUUAGUGGACCAUAAAGCCUGGUAUUUGGUUCCAUUGGCUCUCGAAACGGUGAUUGACAUUCCUGAAACAGAUCUUGUAUUACUUAUCAAGGAAUUAGUAGCUUUAUGUAUUCAAGAACAAACUGCAUGGUGGCAUGAUAGUUUCCCUCACUACUUGAAGAUGGUGAUGCAAGCUCCUAGAAAUGAAAUCUAUCUACAACAUGCUUUGAAACGAUUGACAUUGAAGGAAUUACCGAUUGUACUAAAUGCCAUUGUCCAAUGGUUGAAUGGGAAGGGAUUGAAAUCCAAAGGUCUCAAGUUACAUCAUAGUUCAAAUGAUUCACUUAGAAAACGCAAUAAUAUUGUGGAAUUUACUAGUACUCUUCUCGAUAUUCACUAUCCCACAAUUAUUUUAGAACCUUCUCUUCAUGAUAUGGUGACGGAUUUGGUGAAAGCUUCUUUGGCAUUAACUGAACAAGUGGAAGAUUUAGAAGAACUUUCAGGUAUUUUGGCACCAUUUGAACGAACAAGAAAAAUCAAGACAAAGGAAGCAACAUUACGAGCAGAAGAAAAGAAAUAUCAAAAGGGUGCUCCUCGUGUAGACAAGAAAUUAGCACCAACGAAACUCAACACGAAAUAUGGUGGUGAAGAAGGUGUACCAGUAUAUAGAGUAGAAGUAUUUCAAUUUUAGUUUUGUAGUUUAAUCUAUUUGUUCUCAUCCUGUAUUUUCACAUCUUUUUAUUAUUAUUAUUUACCAAACAUUUUGCAUGCAAUAAAAAAAAAAAAACGAUUCAUCA